GCCCACAAAAUUCUGGCAAGGUGAGAGGGAGGCUGGACAGGAUUUCCAACGAAAGUGGUGCAAUCUGUGCUAAGGCGGGGGCGCCGUGGCAAAGAUAGAAGAAACCGGACUCACAGCGCAUCUCUAACCAGUCUACCUCAUACUUCCUGGGCAAACAACUGUGACGUUAACACUGCCAGCCGACAAAAUGGAGCAAGUGAAGCCGUCGCACCCAUUCAGACUGCACGGAUUGUGUGGAAUGAGAGGUACAACAUGCAUAUUGACUGUGCUGGGUACGAUUAUUUGUUCAAUCACCUUCUACCUGACUGCAGAGUUGAUACAAGAAACAGGAAGAUGGGUCGACCUGACUGUGAACUUUUCAUCCAAUGGUACUGACCAUCGACGCAUAAAGAGAUCAACACUGACAAUGGUGAUACCAACGAAGGGAAUGGAUGAGAACAUUGUCACGGUAACAGAAGGAUCCAGCGUAAAGUUCGACUGCAAUCCAUAUGUGAAGAACUGCCCGUACUGCGGAAAACCUGGGUAUGGCGGUGCAAACAAUGCUGACUAUGCACACGUUUAUUUUUGCAGAGACUCAUGUAAAUGGAGUGAAGUGAAAGCGUAUGAUCAACCUGCAUACUAUGGAAUGGAUGAAAGAUUUAAGGUGGCGAAGAGGAAUAAGCGAGGCCACAACAGAGACGGUAUGACAGUCACAAUAACCCAUGUGAGAGCUUCAGACCAAGGCAAGUACUAUUGUGGUAUUGACAAGACAGGGGACGACUGGUAUGAGACUUUUAGCAUUAUUGUGGGAAAACCAGCUCCAGAGCCAGUGAAACCCCUCGUUGAACCUGCCUUUCAACCAGCCACAAAGGAAGAGAUAGCAUGGAUGGGAGACGGAGGAGCAGGGAAAGGGGGAGUGAAUCCUGAAGUGCGAGGGGCCAUGGCAAAGUGCCAUGGGAAUAAAGCGUGCACUCUGGCUGUGCUGCAGAAAAAGGAAUUAGAGAUAAACAGGAGUUGCUGGCUAUGUCUGCAAAUGUCUCACUCGUGGAAAGCGGCCCCAUUGACUGUAGCAACUUUAACGGAAACCAGAUGUCUGAUACCGCAACAAAUGACUGAGAUACUGAUGGCUGCGGACGAUACACAGAAAGGGAGGAUACCAAGGAAGAGGCUUGAGCUUGACUGCAAAAAGACACAGUGGGACGACAAACCAGAAAUGAUGAUUCCACCACUGAGAGUAAUACACACGCAAGGGGAUGUGUGCGUCUGCCUGACAAAACCGAGAUUGAAGCUGAAGGCAGGAUGGUCUGACUGCAGGAUCAGGAUUGAGAUGAAGAAUGGAACAGCGAACAACUGCACGGCGAUGAUCGAUGGGACAGCGACAAACUUCACAUGUCCAUUCAGCAGGCCGAGCGACACGUCUCCCGCAGCAUUAGCCCAACUAUAUCUGUACUUUUUGCUUGCUAAAAUUAGGGUCUGUCCCCACAUUAAAAGCUUUAGCGUUUUUCUGACUUCUUUCACGAAUUUAAGAGAGUGAUCAUUUAUACGAAAAUCAGAGAUGAAGGGUAAAAAAUG